AUGGCACCUUCUGCAACCGAAACAGAGGGCAUUGACGAGACCGUCCUUACCCUCCGUAAGGUCCUCGUCUGCGAAACCGAACCCCUCGCUCGUCGCUUCCGCGCUCUGUUCUCUCUUAAGCACCUGGCCUGCGUGCAGCCUGCCACCGAAAAGACACUCCCCGCCAUUCAAGCUAUCGCCGCCGCUUUCGCAUCUCGCUCAGCCCUCCUCAAGCACGAGCUCGCCUACUGCCUGGGUCAAACCCAGAACCGCGACUCUGUUUCCUACCUACAGCACGUUGUGAAGGAUGUUGAGGAAGAUGCGAUGUGUCGCCAUGAGGCCGCUGAGGCUCUUGGUGCCUUGGGAUAUACCGACAGCCUAGACCUUUUGAAGAAACUACGGGAUGACGAGACUGAAUUGGAGAUUGUUCGUGAGACCUGUGAUAUCGCGGUUGACCGUAUUUUGUGGGAGAACUCCGAGGAAAAGAAAGCAGAGAAACUCAAGGCCAGUGAUUUUACCUCCAUUGACCCUGCUCCCCCCAUGCCUCUACACACCAAAGAGCCCUCGAUCCCCGACCUGGAGAAGACAUUGAUGGACACAAAACUCCCUCUCUUCCAAAGAUACCGGGCUAUGUUUGGACUUCGUGACCUUGCUUCUCCCCCAGACCUCCCCACAGCAGUCGACGCCGUGAAUGCGCUGGCCAAGGGUCUCAAGGACCCCUCUGCUCUGUUCCGUCAUGAAGUCGCCUUUGUUUUCGGACAACUCUGCCACCCUGCCUCUAUUCCCUGCCUUACAGAAUGCCUUGGCGAUUUGCAAGAAGUGGGUAUGGUGCGACACGAAGCUGCCGAGGCACUUGGUAGCUUGGGUGAUGAGGAGGGUGUGGAAGAUACCCUGAAGAAGUUCUUGAAUGACCCUGAGCAGGUGGUUCGGGAUAGUGUGAUCGUGGCGCUUGAUAUGGCAGAGUUUGAGAAGAGUGGCCAGGUUGAAUAUGCGCUGGUACCCGAUGGAAAUGCCCCUGCAGUUGCUGCGGCAUAA